AUGGCCCUAAUCUGUCUCGCUCUCUUCCCCCUACGCCAAGUAUAUACCAAGUGGUCAGCCGUCACAAUUGGCGCUGAUGACGUGGUCAACGCUAUCGUAGGGGAGUGGGGACGCACCUCCAGAAUUAUCAAGUAUCCGCGCCAAGAGAUUAGCACGCCGGAUAGUGGAGCUCAGGACGGCAUCGCUCGGAGAAACAACGAGUCGAGCAGCAGCAGCCCGGCUAGCAACGAGUCAUGCAUUAGCCCUAUCUUCGAAAUAAACCCUAGAGCAAAGUUUAACCGCAGUAAGAAAACAAACAAACGUAAGACUAAGGAGCGGUAUCGUAAGCAGGUGUACAUGAUGUUGAUGAAUACAACCAUCGAUGAUACGGAAGACAACGAUGAUGAAGAUUUGCCAGACGUGUCAAUCGAGAGCACGCGAAUGGAGAUGAUCGAAGACAACCUCAAUGAUCGACAAUGGCUUCCGGCAAUCGUGAUAAGGGCUCCGUCAAUUGUAUCGAUGACGUCAGGAAAACGCGCAACUGCACCGAAGCCUCAAUCCACGUCAGCGAACUCGUCGGUCAACAGCAUUACCACUACUAUUUUGAGGCAUUCUCCAAACACAAUCGCCACCACGACGGCACAGAAGAUGGCGCGCGGAACGCCGGCUGUACUGCGGCGACAAGCCCUCCUUCGACCCCCCGAGCGCACCGCAGGGCUGACCAAGACACACCGCCUGCCGCUCCCACACUUGCCGCUUCCCAAGUCCGUUGCUGUGAUGUAA